AUGCAGGUCUUGAUGUUUCUCUUGUUUUUCUGUGGGUGGUCCAGGAUGGCUUUUUAUUCGUCUUUUGAUGUUGCUGAAAGAUUGAGUUUCCUAUGGAGCUCCUUGAUAUUGCUAGUGUUUGCCUUCUUGGUUGGUACAUUGCGGAUUUUAUUCCUACCCUCAUUGAUCAGCUGUUGGACGCCUGCACAAUUCAUGAACAGUCAUUCAAUGUACGCAUUACAGGCAUGUUGGAACCAAAACACUUCUUAUUUACCUUAUGAACCUUCCGUACCUCAUGGUGGGAAACAGCAUCAGAUUACAACCUACCAUUCCUUUAUUCCUGUCAUCGCAGUCCUUUUAAUUAUCGGUUUCAAGAUACCAGAAGUCAUCAAAGUCCUGCUCGAUCUUUGUACAGGAUCGAAACCCAAAUCAUUGGUUGCUACUACAGAUUCAUGGGAAGGGAGAUGUGCAAGUUUGGCUGAAUGUGGUCGAGAUAUCGUACAAAUAAAUGGAAUAGUCAAGACCUUGUCGUUUUUCUUGGUGAAGAUAUUGAUACUUGCCAAUCUUCUGAUUCAGUUUAUUUUCGUUCGGUCCUAUUUCAGAGACUCUGUAAGUAUCUUUGAAGAUGAUGAUGUUACCGUCGAGGUUCAACACGUGAUGUUCCCAAAAAUUAUCUUUUGUGAUUUUCAGAUAAGGCAACAAUCACGUAUUCAAAGUUUUACUGUUCAAUGCCAAAUGCCUGUAAACCAUCUUUAUCGAGAGUUUUUCAGGAUUUACAGUUUCUGGAUUCUUGGAAUCGGUUUAUUCACCGCUGCCAUCAUCUUGUUCCAGAUUGGUACCUUAAUGAUUCCUCCGAUUGUUGGCAUCAGAUUUCGUGGAAUUAUUCCUGAAAAGGAAUUGAAAUUGAGAGGUUUUUCUAUUGAUGAUGCGUUGUUAUUUUUAGAAGAGGUAAAAGAUGAAUUUGGAGUAUCCAUGGCCAGAAGCGUUGCUUCAAAGAUGUGGGAUUCUUUUAAGUCGGUAAAAGAACAGCCUAUGCAAGGAUCAGAGCAACCUAUAUUAGUUAGUGGUGAUGGUUUCCAGGAAAUACCAAUGACCACUACAGAGAGUGGUGCUGCAGACUCCAGUAUAUCUCCAUUGUUAGACAAUACUAAUCAGGAGAAGACAGAAAUUGUUUAA